AUGCGUCUCAUCACAGCCAUCAUGCUUGCACUCUCUUCACGUCCCCCCGUCAUAGCCGAAAGCGUGGAACAAUGGCAAGACGUCACUGUCGCCCCCCAAUCAGCCCCGCGCUACAUCUUUGUCUGCGACGACAAUGACCUCGCAAACAUCUGCCGCAACCCGCCCUACAAUUUCAACUGCACGCUCGAGGGCUGGGCCAACUCGGACGUGCCAAUACCGAUCUGCAAAGACGAGACGAAAUGCAGCUGUGAGCUGCAGUCACCAGCGAUUGGGCCUUGA